UUGUAUUUUAGUUCAACACUCCAACAACCGUCCCUUUGGUUAACAUCUUCUUCCCCCUCCGCUCUCCUCUGUAAUGGGAUCCCUAUCGCCUCUCGACGACCCUCUGCCCUACCCAACUGCUCGCCGUGAUGAAUCCGUUACAGAUAACUACCAUGGAGUUGACAUUCCUGAUCCGUAUCGAUGGCUUGAGGAUCCCGACUCAGAUGAGACCAAGAAGUUUGUGGAAAAACAGGUGAAUCUAACGGACUCAAUUCUCAAGACUUGUGAGACAAGAGAAAAGCUAAGGGAAAAUAUAACGGAGUUGUAUGAUUUUCCUAAAUAUGAAGCUCCUUUUAGGGCAGGAGAUAAGUACUUUUACUUCCACAAUACAGGACUGCAACCCCAAAAAGUCCUUUAUGUGCAGGAUAGCUUGGAUGGAGAACCAGAGAUCUUGCUUGAUCCAAACACACUUAGUGAGGACGGGACAGUUGCACUGAGUAUUUGUUCCAUUAGCGAGGAUGCUAUGUUUUUGGCAUAUGGCAUUAGUUCGAGCGGUAGUGAUUGGGUGACUAUUAAAAUUAUGCAGGUUGUUGCUAAGAGCGUCGAGCCUGAUGUAUUGUCGUGGGUUAAGUUUUCUGAUGCUAGCUGGACCCAUGAUAGCAAAGGUUUUUUCUACAGCCGUUAUCCCGCACCCAAUUUGGAGCGUGUCUUGCUUCAUAGAGAUGGAGAAAGUUUGGAUGCUGGAACAGAGACACAUUCCAAUUUAUACCAUGAAGUGUAUUAUCACCGCUUGGGUACUGAUCAGUCUGAUGAUAUCUUGUGCUGGAAAGAUCCUGAAAAUCCGAAGUGUACGCGUUCAGCUUCAGUUACACAAGAUGGAAAGUAUGUUCUCCUGUAUACUUAUGAGAACUGUGAUCCAGUCAACCAAGUUUAUUACUGUGAUUUAUCUGCACUUCCUGAUUGGGUUGAAGGUUGUAAGGGGAGAAAUGAAUUGCUACCCUUUAUCAAGCUUGUUGAUAACUUUGUCGCCUCUUAUGAGUAUGUUGCAAAUGAUGGCUCUGCUCUCACUUUUCGGACCAAUAAGGAUGCUCCCAAGUAUAAGUUAGUCAGAGUAGAUCUGAAAGAGCCUGAUUCUUGGUCUGAUAUCAUCCAAGAAAAUGAAAAGGAUGUGCUCGAAUCAGCUGUUGUUGUCAAUAACAAUCAACUUGUUGUGAAUUAUCUGAGUGACGUGAAAAAUGUUUUGCAAUUGAGAGAUCUGAAAGCAGGAGCACUGCUUCAUCAUUUACCCAUUGAUAUUGGCUCAGUGUCUGGAAUUUCUGCUCGCCGCAAAGACGAUACUUUUUUUAUUGGAUUUACAAACUUCCUAAUCCCUGGAAUUAUAUAUGAGUGUAAUCUCAAUGAAGAGGUUCCGAAUUUGAAAGUAUUUCGAGAAACUGUUGUCCCUGGCUUUGAUCAUACUGAUUUUCAAGUUAAUCAGGUUUUUGUGCCCAGUAAGGACGGUGUCAAGAUUCCUAUGUUCAUUGUGGCUGGAAAGGACAUUUCCUUUGAUGGAUCACACCCAUGUUUAUUAUAUGGAUAUGGAGGAUUUAAUAUUAGUAUUACUCCGUACUUCUCUGUUGGUCGUGUAGUGAUUGCGAAGCAUUUAGGUGUUGUAUUCUGCAUUGCAAAUAUCCGUGGUGGUGGAGAAUAUGGAGAAGAUUGGCAUAAAGCUGGCUCCCUUUCCAAAAAGCAAAAUUGCUUUGACGACUUCAUUUCUGCUGCUGAGUAUCUUGUGGAAGCUGGUUACACUCGGCCCAAAAAGUUGUGUAUCGAAGGUGGAAGCAAUGGUGGGCUUCUUGUUGGAGCCUGUAUCAAUCAGAGACCUGAUCUCUUUGGCUGUGCCCUUGCACAUGUUGGUGUUAUGGAUAUGCUUAGGUUUCACAAGUUCACCAUAGGUCACGCCUGGACCUCUGAUUAUGGCUGCUCAGAGAAGGAGGAAGAGUUUCAGUGGCUAAUCAAGUACUCACCACUGCAUAAUGUCAGAAGGCCAUGGGAACAAUCUCCCAAUCAAGAAUCUCAAUAUCCGCCCACUAUGCUAUUGACAGCAGAUCAUGACGAUCGAGUGGUGCCACUGCACUCUUUGAAAUUAUUGGCGACCAUGCAAUAUGUCCUAUGCACAAGCUUGGAGAAGAGUCCCCAGAGCAAUCCCAUCAUUAGUAGGAUCGAAUGCAAGGCUGGUCAUGGAGCUGGAAGACCAACACAAAAAGUGAUUGAUGAAGCUGCAGACAGAUAUGCGUUCAUGGCUAAGGUUAUGGGUGCAUCUUGGGUUCAGUAAAUGAAGUUGAUGAAGGGCAUUAGUAAAGCAUAUGCAAAGAAGACUGUGAAGGGUGAAUUUACAUCUUGUCUUGUGGUCAUAAUUUGUGCUGCCAAUUCCAAAUCAAGUACCUAUCACUAGGCUCUCCUCAUUGAUGAUCUCUUGGGAAUCCUAUGGUGUGAAGUGAAGCUGCACGAAAAGCUUAACAACAUGAUCAAUUUUAUGGUUCCGACAAUAUUAUAGGGCACUUUUUGAAGCUCAUAUAAGAUUGUGAUGCAUUGCAUCUUUAAUCCGUUCAACCCCCCCCCCCCCAACUAUUCUAUUUUUGCUCCCCUCCUGCAUUUCUUUCCAGUAUGAAAAUGGUAUUCAUAAUCACGGGUUUCUCAUGUAUUUUUGCCGAUUCUGAGAUCUCAUAUAAAGCUUAUGAUAUUUUUUUAAAAAAACUUAAUUUCAACUGCAGAAAAUAUUCUUCUCA